CGCAUCGGCGAGCUGAGAGGUGGUGCUGGUGGCGGCGGUGGCAGCAAUAACAGCGGCAGCACAGAUGGCUCCUGCGGGCGGCGGCAGCGGCUCGGCGGCGAGGAAGAUGGCGCCGUCGCACGUCCUCAAGUGCUGCCAGAAGGUGCUGGCGUGGGUGCCCGUGGCCUUCAUCGCCCUGGUCGUGGCCUGGUCCUAUUACGCCUACGUAGUGGAGCUGUGUGUGUUUACAAUUACCUCAACUGGAGAAAAAGUUGUCUACCUUGUGGUUUUUCAUCUGUCGUUUGUCAUGUUUGUGUGGUCCUAUUGGAAGACUAUUUUUACAUCUCCCGCCUCCCCUUCCAAUGAGUUCUGUUUGUCCAAAACGGAUAAGGAGCAAUAUGAAAAAGAAGAGAGACCAGAAUCUCAGCAGGAAAUUCUGAGAAGAGCUGCUAAAGACUUACCUGUCUAUACCACAACAACAUCAAGAGCCAUAAGGUACUGCGACAGAUGCCAGUUAAUCAAGCCUGAUCGAUGUCACCACUGUUCUGCCUGUGACUUAUGUGUACUGAAAAUGGAUCAUCAUUGUCCUUGGGUGAAUAACUGCGUGGGAUUUUCUAACUACAAGUUUUUCCUCCUGUUUUUAUUUUAUUCCCUCCUGUAUUGUCUAUUUGUUGCUUCUACAGUUCUGCAGUAUUUCAUAAAGUUUUGGACACUUUGCCGCAGGAAAUCUGCUGAGAAUUGUCCAAAGAAUGAACUCCUAGACACACAUGCAAAAUUCCAUGUUCUCUUCCUUUUCUUUGUGGCUGCCAUGUUCUUCAUCAGCAUACUGUCACUCUUUAGUUAUCACUGCUGGCUGGUUGGCAAAAACAGAUCAACAAUAGAAGCUUUCCGGGCACCCAUGUUUCGAAAUGGACCUGACAAAAAUGGCUUCUCUCUUGGAUGCAGUAAAAACCUGCGACAGGUUUUUGGAGAUGAGAAAAAAUAUUGGUUACUACCAAUUUUUACAAGCUUAGGAGAUGGCUGUAACUUUCCAACACGUCUAGUGAUUAUGGAUCCAGAGCAACUUACUGUUUCAAGCCAAAAUGAACCUGCCAAAAGCUCUGGUCCCAGUCAGCCAUUUCCUACUAGGCCACUCAGUGAGUCUCAAAAUCGAUUGCUGGCCAAUGAAAACCAGUGGGUGGAAGCCGGUUCAGAAGAUGAAAAUGCUAAAUCAGGUAUAAAAAAACAUAUUAUAGUUUCGUUGGAGAGCUGAUCCUGAUUUCAGUGUCCAUCCCUCUCAGUGGUUGGAGGGAAAAGGUUUCUACAAUACAUUUGUGCUUGGAUAUUACUUAAUUUUCUAAGGAAGACACUGAUAUAUCAAUGGAACAGUGCCAGCAUGUUAACAGGAUAUGAAAAAUGAAACCCUUGAUGGUAUCCACUGGAUGCUUAUAAGCACUUGCAGAACAGGAAGUCUGAUGCCUUAAGAUUCUUGAUGUGCGUUUUUGCAACAUGGACUUAAGCCGCUACAAGGGCCAAAUGCCCUGCAAGGGUGUGCAAGACUCUAGAAGUGCAGAAACUAUGCAUUCCAACUGCACUCCACUGGAGGGGACCGAUUCUGCAAAGUUCACAUGAGAGGCAAUGCCAUGCCAGUGUCAAACAGGAGUUACUUUCAUAGCAAGUCUAUAGGAGGAAGGUUGGGUGGGGGAGGGAAGUAAGUAUGCUAUAUGACCAUUGCAUUUGGCCAUUGGUACUGCACAGUCGAGUUAUGUGUGGCUCAAACAUCAUCUGGUGGACUAGUGGUAUGGUGCGAUUUUGCUUUCUCCACCUCCAUUAUCAGAUAACAAGUGUUAUUGGUAGGUGUUACUAACCAAGCAACCUAUCACCCUGGCUUUUUAGUCCCCUCUGAUAUUGAAGUUCUCUUCCUUCAGGCUUGCUUUGUUGCAAUGCAGACUCAGACAAGCAAGGUUUCUCAUUUGUUUGUUUGCUUCAGAAUUAGUCCCCACUGGCAGCUUGGUACAUUAGUCUGGAGAAUUAAUUUUUUCUUCUGUUCUUUUAAUAUAUUUUUAAAGAGAACCUUUUAAUUUCCUUUAAAUAUGUUUAAUCUAAGUCAUAUCAGGAAUAUACUUCAUUAACAUGACUUCUUCGCCUCCCAUCCUAGAAAUUUUUACCUGAAUAUUCUUUCUAAUUUGUUUUGACUGGUAAUCCCAAUUUAAAAUCCUUUCUGAAGCCAGCUGAUUGUUCAAGUCUUCUUUCAGACCAAGUCCAGGGAUCAUCUGCUUCCUUUUCUUUAAGAGAAAGGAAGCAGAUUACGUACUUUUUUUGUGGGGCUGGAUUUCACAAGGAUCUUUAUGGGAACAUUCCUUGAGUAAGGUGGGAAAGAAGGCACCAAAGGAAGAAAGAGAAUCUUGUUCUCUACUGUACCUGAUUUCUUGUCCAAGACCUUACUCUCUCUGUCUUUCUCCCUUUCUCCAAUGUCCACACUGACCCUUGGAAUCGAGUCUUGUCCUUUAGACACAAAUGGCUAUCUGAACAAGUAAUUCCAGAAAUACUACGAAUAACUGUGGUGGCUUCAACUCGAUCAGUUCACUAAGGGCUGUAAGGUUCUUUAUUCUUGACUCAUAAAUGUCCAGCCAAGAGCAGAAUGUGCAUAAGGCUUCCUCUCCUUCUCUCUCCAUCCACCAACCCGUCCUUCAAGCAGAGCGCUGGUACCUCUACUCCAAGGAACAGACUGGCAGAGCUAUGAUGUUCCUCCUUGGUUGAAUGGAGGUGAUUGCGCAUCAUUCUGUCUUGAUGUGUACAUUUUAAUCCCCUAUCAUAAACUGAGUAUUGACGGCUCAAAGCCUGUUGAAGUUCCAUAAAAACAUCUCAAAGUAUCUUGGUUUAAAUUCUAUUAUGUGUGACGCAUACAAAAGAAAUUUGCCCCACUCUGCAAAUCCUAGGCAACAUAAUGGGGGUGGGAGAAGAGGGCUUAUAGACAAAGUAACUUCAUAGUUUGCAAAAAGUGUUACAUAUUUUAUAGUCAGCUGUCCUGGGCUGGUUUGUAAAAGAGGGAAAAGCUAAAAUAGCUUAUGCUGCCUUUGUGCCUAUCCAAUCACAAAGCACUGAGUCCUAUGCUCUUCUGUGCUAUAAAUGUAUGAUCAGGCUCAGGACUUUCAAUGCUAACAUUAACCCCUGUUCCUUUAGUCAGAUAAUGGGAUUUGGGCCCGUGCCUAUCAAUGUGAGUGCAAGGGGGAAGGAAGCUUUAUGUGGCACAAGAGCUCUUUCAGGUAGCUUCUCUAGGUUAAAUGGGGAUGAAUAGACAGUGAGUCUGCUGAUUGAGUACCUAUGACCCCACAAUUCCAGCUAGCUACAAAUCCUCUGCCCCUUAAAUUUUGAGGCAAGUGCAAUGCCUUGUUUGUCGUUUCUGAAUACCUAUGCCAAAUCAUGCACAUAUCAGUGGUAUUUGUCAAUAACUCAAUUAAAGCAGAUUUCUUCUUGCAGUAUGUUAAUAAACACGCAGCAUACAUGAAAUGAAUGGUGACAGGGUUCUCUUGUAAAGUGUACAUAGGAAUAAAGGCCCAUCUGCACUUACACGAAUAUUGGGUGUCCACAUAUUUCUGAUAAUGCAUUCCUUUUUCAUUGUUGCUAUGGGGGUAACUUAAAAAUGUGUCAAUGCUUUGUAUUUUAGAUUAUUCUGCAGUCCUUAAACCACUUUGAAAAGGUCCUAUCAAUUACUUGUGAAACUGUCUGUAUAUUGGAUCAGAAGAACUUGUUCAGUGUCUAAAAUGUAUUUAAUAUGCGAGUAUCUUACCAGUAUCACAAAAUUGUACCAAAGAAUAUACUGUGUAAUGUUUGUUGAUUAUACUGAAAGAUAUGCUCACAAGUUUUAUUUCAAUGCCUUCUCAUCAAAGCAUUUUGCUGGUGAUUUGAGGAACUUAGAAACAAUUUACUGUAUGCACAUGUUUUUAAUACUAGUAAAUAAAUCUUGCAUCCUGCAAGCACAGUUACAUUCCUUGCUGCUGUGGGAAGUCCCUUACCAGUCUUUUUUGAGUUCUGAUUUUAUUAAGGUACUUGCUGGCUGCAUUUAUGAGUUACAAUUUAUGUUGCAGCUUGGGGGUGAGAAGUGUAAAGAAAAAAGUAUUUUCUAUUAUUGUGGUUUCUUACACCAAGAACUUGUAACUACUAAAAAAAAGUCUAAAAACAGGACUUUUUAAAACCAAAUUUCCAUCUUUCGCUAUAGAACUAAUGCACUAACAAUUGAUAUCUCCUAUGAUUGAAUAAGUCAGUCAGUCAAGAUGAUCCAAGCAUCUUUUCAUAAAAUGAUGCCAACUGUAAUAUACAAUGUGAAGUUAGAUCUUAGCUACCUAACAAUGCAACCUUUGCCAUCUGUGUUGAAAAACAUGUUUUCAGUUAGUCUUACUAUCCAAUAUAUGUUUUCCAGACAUUACUUGAAUCUUGUAAAUUGUAGGAAAAGUCUAACCAUGUUUACAAAAUAAAUGAGUUUGGGAAGAUCCUUCAGCAGUGAGAUGAAUGGCUCAUAACUUGGUCACAUGUUAAGAUAGCAUCAGGAUCUUCUUUCAUGGUACCAAAGAAUUAGGAAAUUAUAUCAGAUGUGUAGGUUACAUUAUGUUGCCAUUCUGAGGACUUCUAGAAUUAUACCAGGAAAACUUUAGGGUAAGUGGUUUAAGGAUUGCAGCCCUUUUUUUACCUCAAUCCUAAUUUUACCUGGAAGUCCUAGUGAUUUCAGUGGAGAUAAUUUACAAGUACAUGGUUUAGGAUUGCAGGUUGUAGUGUAUAACAGAACUUCUGUCCACUGCAUCUGUUCACUGCAGAACUUCUGUCCACUCCCAAGUGUAAAUUACAUGGCCAUAAAAGUGGUGCCCUUAAUUUAUCUAGGGUUGCCACAACCUGUGUGUUUGCCAGUGGGUAUGUCAGAUACAUUGCACUGUAUUUAUGACAAAAGUGUAUGCAAGUAUUUUACAUAAAUAUAGUUAUUUCAUUGUACUAAAAGUAAACUUGCAAGUUUUCACAUUCAAAUUGGUAUGAGGUUAUUUAGAGGAUAUAUAAUGUGAAUGAUGCAUCUAUUACGUUGCAGAUAGGAAUAUUCCUAUGCACAAAUAAAACAUAUUGCCAUUAAUAGUUUAAUAAUUCAAAGUGACUUUUUAAAUGGAAUUUUAUAAAUAAAGAUAGAAGAAUAACAAAUCACUUUGCCUGAAAUUUUCAUAUUUUUAACUGCACCUUGUAAUAUCUUUCAUGUGUAUUUUCCAUCAACGUAAUAAUUUUAGGUCAUGUUGAGUAUUUUGUAUAUCAAAGUACAGACUUCCAUUCAUGUCUUAAUUAUAACUCCUGUUCAAGAAAAAUAAUGCAUCAUCUUUAAGCACUUCCUUGCCAAAGUGGUGAUACAUUAACAGAUUAUGACACAAUGAAUGCAAAAGAAGCUAAAUAAAUAAAUACAUUGGAAAUAA